AUGUCUUUGGAGAAAGACCUAACCUUCGGGGGCAGUUCAAGCGACAAUGAACUGUUCCAGGGCACUGCCUUUUCUCAGAAUAAUGAAACCUUUGAGGACAUGCAAUGCUUUGGUUUCGUUUGGAAAAAUGUACCAGACUAUCUUCUGUCGUGGGAGUGGAGUGCUUGCCCCCCUAUCAACCACGAACCGUAUCCCUUUCCCGUUCUGCCUUCCAAGCCCUGCAACUCUGGCCAACAGACAUAUCAUCCAUUGGAACAGAGGAGUUUCAAUAGUCCAUUGUCUCUUGUACGGGAGAGUGGUCCACCUUCCGCAUUCACGGAAGCGUCUCCCUUCUCAAAAGCAUUUGGACUGGGUAUACUAUCGGGUUCCGACAAUCCACAACCUUCCGAUCCUGUAAAAUCACCCUCGGGGCUAAGUACUUCUCAACAAGUUCUUGAUACAAGCGAGCCCACAGCGCCAACUCGAGAAAGCCUUCCCAAGUCCACUCAGGACCAUGAAGAUGAACCAGUUGGCUCUGGCGUUUUGGAUGCUUCGCGUACAGAAGUGCGUCGGCCGAAGACUAACCCGUCGAGGGAGAGGAGGCGUGAAAAGAAUGCCAAAAGAAGUCAAUUACUUCCUGUUACCAAAGGUCAGCAAGGGAGAGGGAGAAGGAAAGAGUUGGACAAGGAUAACGGGGGAGAUGAAGUGAAUAUACUGGGACGAAAUCGUCGGGCUGCGGCUAGAUGUCGUGAUCGCAAACGAGAUCUUGCCGACGCGCUAAACUCCGAGAUGGAAGAGCUAAGAGAUCGGCACCAACAACUUUCUUCAUGCUACAACCAGCUCAGAUCUGAGGUAAUCCAACUCAAAACUGAGGUCUUGCGGCAUGGCGAUUGUGGCUGUGAUUUCAUUCGACGCUACAUCUCGGCCGAAGCCAACAGGACCGUGGAGAUGCUGACGAGACACGAUCACUCCCCGGGUGGUAGUGGAAUAUGGCCAAUAGCGACGUAG